UUCUUUGUCAUCAAAACUUCACCUGAAAAUGUAUUAAUAUUCCUACAAGAAAAUAUUCUAUACUCAAAUAUUACCAGCAUUUUGAUAGAAAAUUUGCUAUUUAAUAGUUUUGGCUAGUUUUUCUUAUUUUUUAAAUAUCAAUGGAGGUAAAAUCUAGCAAGAUUUGGCACGUGUUGCUAAUGUUGGUGUUCAAGAUGGCUUCUCUUGUGGACGCUCAAGACGUGGUAGGAUGUGGAGGGUUUAUUCAGUCUGAUGUGGAAAUAAAUUACUCUCUUAUUGAGGUCAAACUAUACUCAAAGCAAGGAAUUAUGAAGUACAAAACAGAAUGUGCUCCAAAUAAUGGAUAUUUUCUAAUUCCCCUUUAUGACAAGGGUACAUUUAUCUUGAAGAUUGAGCCACCAUCAGGAUGGAGCUUUGAGCCCAGUAGUGUAGAACUGAACAUUGAUGGUACCACAGACAAGUGCAGUAAAGGACAAGAUAUCAAUUUUGUAUUUACUGGUUUUUCUCUGAAUGGAAAGGUAUUAAGUAAAGGCCGCAAGGAAGGGCCAUCUGGAGUGGAAAUUACAUUAAGCAAUAAAGGUGAUGAGAGGAAAACAACCACAGCAGAAGGAGGAAUAUUUAUCUUUACUCGAGUCAUGCCAGGAACAUAUCAAGUAAAAGCAUCCCACAGCACUUGGAAAUUUGAUAAAGAUGAAUCAUCAGUGACUGUCAAAGACAGUACGACAGAAAUGUCAGACAACCWGAUAGUGUCUGGAUAUGAUGUCAARGUAGGUUUAAUGCGACAAGGUCAUGUGUUGAAUGAAGGCCAACCAAUCAAAGGAGUACAAUUCCUACUGUUUUCUACAACUGAUGCUAUAAAUGCCAUGACUGGUUGCACCCCCAUCCUGCCCAGCACUCUUGAUAAAGUUCAGUCCAAGAUAGACAAAGGUUCUCCAUUGUGUAUGGUCGAUUCAAGAGAAGAUGGUUCCUUUGUGUUUCCAAGUGUACCAAGUGGAGACUACAUUUUGGUUCCAUUCUACCAGGGAGAACAUAUUACAUUUGAUGUCGUACCAACAAAACUAACCUUUAGUGUAAACUACAAGAGUGUAGUUUUGAAGACUCCAUUUCAAGUGCAUGGUUUUUCUGUUGUUGGUAAAGUGCUGUCAGUUGGAGGGGAAGGAAUCGAAGAUGUUGUUAUUACAGUGAAUGAUGCUAAGAAGUCCAAGACUAGUAAGGAAGGGAUGUACAUCCUGGAAAAUAUAUCUACUGGAACAUACAAGAUACAGGCAUCAAAGAGUGACUACUUCUUUGAAUUACUUACCGUCCAAGUGAAUCCUAACACACCCAAGCUUCCAGACAUCAAACCAUCAGGGUACAACUUGUGUGGUAAACUUAUAAUUGAUGUGUUCCCUCCUGGAACAGUACAGAUGAGUGGAAGAAAGGUCAUUAUGACAACAGAGGGAGCACCCAUCAGUACUCGCUCGGCAUCAGCUAAGGUUGACCAGAAUGGAGCCUAUUGUUUUAAAGUCCCCCCAGGAGUACAUACCAUCCAGCCUGUGGUUACAAGUAUUGAGGCAGCUGCUGGUCUUGUCCUCAAACCAAAAGAGAGRCAAAUCACUGUGACUAAUGAACCUAUCAAGGAUGUUACAUUCACACAGUUCAGAGCAACUGUCAGUGGUACUGUAAAAUGUAUAGGUGGAGUUUGUAAAGGAGUAACUGUUUCACUCACUCCUUCAGUCCAACAAAAUCAAGCCAAGAUGGUUGUUCCUGUCACAGAUGACAAAAAUGGGGCCAAUUUUGCCUUCCAAAAUGUAUUGCCAGGAAAGUACAAAGCUUCUGUUAUCCAAGAAAUGUGGUGCUGGGCUAACAAGACUAUAGAGUUUGACAUUGCUGAUACAGAUGUAWCUUCACUAGAGUUCGUUCAGUCUGGGUUUAUCUUGAAAUGCAGCUUAUCUCAUCCUAUUACACUGAACUUUUCCUUGGAGAACAAGAAAGAAGUAGUUGGUUCCUUUGACUUGUACAAGGGGAUCAAUAGAUUUUGUUUAGCAGAACCAGGAAUCUAUAAUUUGAUCCCCAAGUCAUGCCAUCAGUUUGAACAAGAAGUGUACAGAUACAACACUGCUGUGCCUUCUGUUCUCACUCUGACUGCAACCAAACAUCUGUUGUCUGGAGCUAUCACAACAAAAGAGCAAACUGAUGACAUGAAGGUGAAAAUCAGAUCUGUCAAGUCCAAUGAAGUUAUCAUGAUUGGACCACUAUCACAUGAUGAUGACGUUGAAGAAAAAACCAAGGCUGGUAGUCAAGGCAACRAUACUGAGCCCAAGAAGGAGCCUGUUGUACGGGAUUCUUUUAGCUAUAUUUUCUCGCACUGGGGAAGGGAAGGAGAGGAAAUUGAAGUCACACCUAUCUCAGCGUUACUCUUGUUCUACCCGCCAACCAGGACAGUUGCAAUCACUGAUAAUUGUCCAGGAGCACUGGUACAGAUAGAAGGUCGUCCAGGAGUGUUCCUGGAAGGACAAGUCAYCCCAGCUUUUGCUGGUGUUGAGAUUACGAUUACUGAGGGAACUGGAGGUGAUYCUUCUAAACCACCGAUCAAAAUCCWGACAGAUGACAAGGGCAAAUAUAGAGUCGGUCCUCUACAUGGAUCAAUAGAAUAUCACCUGGCAGCCCACAAGAACGGAUUCAUCAUCAACCCAGUSCCCGACAAGAAGGGAGAUUUCCAAGCCUUCAAGCUGGGAGAAAUUCGCAUUCAGGUUGUUGAUGAACAAGAUAAACCACUACCGGACGUGUUGUUAUCAYUGAGUGCUGGACAGUUCCGCAGUAACAACCUGACCCUUGACGAUGGUCUGAUGGUGUUCGCGAAUCUGGGUCCCAGCCAGUAUUUCUUUCGUCCAAUGCUCAAGGAAUACACGUUUGAUCCCGCGUCACAGAUGAUCAAUGUUGAAGAAGGAGCAAUAGUGGAAAUUAAAGUAAAAGGAAAGAGAGUAGCGUUCAGUUGUUAUGGCUCAUUGGCGUCCUUGAGUGGUCUACCAGAAAAAGAAGUGGCAAUUGAGGCUGUUGGACUAAAAAGUUGCGAAGGGAUGCAGGAAGAGACACGCCUGGUUGUUCUUAUCGUGUUCGUGUCAAGAUCGGUGACAGCAACCCACACGUCGAGCGUGCCUCGCCUACCUUUAUAGAUGUGCAGGUUAAGGAUGGCGAUUUAACGAAUGUUAACAUCAUAACAUUCCGUAAACUGAACCAGUUCGAUAUAACCGGUAACGUGGUCACAGAUCAAGAACAUUUACACUCACUUAAGGUUUUGUUGUUCAAAGAGAGUAACCUAGACGCACCCAUCUUUACCACCACUGUUGGGAUCGCAAGCUAUUUCCAGUUUCCCCACGUCCCCAACGACGGCCAGGCUUACAUCGUUCGCCUGGAUACCACUUUGUCACGUAAGAACUACCUGUACGAACUCCCAGAGGUCAGCGUGACAGCGAAGGGGAUCCGACAUCACGUAACACUCAAGUUCAACCCCCAAAGUCGAAAAUAUGAACCUGAACCUACCCAGGGUUCAUUGUUGGCGCUUCCUCUGUUAGUAAUGCUCGUGCUACUAGCAUUAAAUCAUAAUAAGGUCAUUCCCAUGAUGCAACAAGGUGCCCAAAUGCUUCAGGGUGUGCCAGUGUCCACUGAUGCAACUCAAGUCCCGUAUGAAGACCUCCAUUUACAAGGCAAAAGUAAAAAGAAAGUCGUACAAAAACGACGAUAACGACUUCUCAUUCAUUAGGAAUCAAUAAUUAGGAAUCCCUUCACUCGAAAGCUGAGAAAUUUGUUUUCAAUUGGAUUGAUUUCUCGGAAUUUCGUCUAGGAAGUUCUCGCCUCGCAAUAUCYGCUCUAGGGAACUAAAGGUUUCCAGAAGAGACGGUACGAUUAUAGACUUUGUUAAUUUGCUAAAUUCUAAAUUCGAUCUCGUGUGAGCUAACCCAGCCUUGGGUUUGAUCAGUCCAGAGGUUGUUUCAGGACAUCGAUAAAAUUUGAAGGUGUUUUUGUGUAUUAUUUCUCACAUGCAUAACUGUCACGACUUCACAUAAGAUAAACAGUAACAUCAUAAAAUAGUAAAAAAGUUAAAUAAAUGGUUAUCGUCAUCAUCAUCAUCAGCAACAUCAGCAGCAACAAAUCCUUUUCAGAAGAAGGGGAUGAGAGAGCUCCAGGAAGCAUAGUUAGGAAUUUUUGGCACUUUCAUUGUUUUUUACUGUGUAAUACAUCAUUCUUUUACCCUUGUCUUAAUGUCCAGUAUAAAGUGACUUGUUUAAAAUUAAAGGUGAAUAAACCAAACUUAUUCGUUGUAA